CAGUGUUUGCUGGACAGCGGUGCAGAUAUCAACAGACCAAACGUGUCAGGGGCAACUCCGCUCUAUUUUGCUUGCAGCCAUGGUCAGAGAGACACUGCACAAAUUCUUUUGAUGAGAGGAGCCAAAUAUUUACCAGACAAAAAUGGUAUUACUCCACUGGAUCUCUGUGUACAGGGUGGGUAUGGAGAGACUUGUGAAGUCUUAAUACAAUACCAUCCUCGCCUUUUCCAGACAAUAAUUCAAAUGACACAGAAUGAAGAUCUACGGGAGAACAUGUUGCGGCAAGUUCUGGAACACUUGUCUCAGCAGAGCGAAGUCCAGUAUCUUAAAAUCCUAACCAGCCUUGCUGAAGUUGCAACAACAAAUGGUCACAAACUGCUUAGCUUGUCAAGUAAUUAUGAAGCUCAAAUGAAGAGUCUCUUAAGGAUCGUGAGGAUAUUUUGCCAUGUCUUUCGCAUUGGCCCAUCCUCUCCCAGUAAUGGAAAUGACAUGGGCUACAAUGGAAAUAAAACUCCAAGAAGUCAGGUGUUCAAGGUCAGAAAAGUAUAUGAUGUUGUUAGGAAGAUAGACGUUAAAGAGAUGAAUUUCACAAAGCAUGCAUUCAUUAAUCAGACAUCUCAUGAACAGGAACCACUGGAACUGCUCUGGCAUUCCCUAGAUGAAUGGCUUGUUCUUAUAGCUACAGAGCUGAUGAAAAACAAAAGAGACUCUGCCAACAUUACUUCUAUUUUACUGAAGCAAAAAGGACCAGAUCACCAGGAUGCUGCUCCUACACCAUCCUUUGCUGCUGCAGGAACCGAAGGCAGAAAAGAGCUGUCUGCUCAUGCUGGCGAGUCAAAGACAUAUGAUGUUGCAGGGAAGCAGGAGGCUUGUGCUGAUUGCCAGGAUGUUAUCUCCAUGACAGCAAACAGGCUAAGUGCUGUCAUUCAAGCCUUUUAUAUGUGCUGCUCCUGUCAGAUGCCUCAGGGGAUGACAUCGCCUCGUUUUAUAGAAUUUGUCUGUAAACAUGAUGAUGUCCUUAAGUGUUUUGUUAACCGAAAUCCCAAAAUAAUUUUUGAUCACUUUCAUUUUCUUCUUGAGUGUCCUGAACUAAUGUCCAGAUUUAUGCACAUCAUAAAAGCUCAGCCAUUUAAAGAUCGCUGUGAGUGGUUCUAUGAACAUCUGCAUGCUGGGCAGGCAGAUUCGGACAUGGUGCACAGACCUGUCAAUGAAAAUGACAUCCUUUUGGUUCACAGAGAUUCUAUUUUUAGGAGUAGCUGUGAAGUUGUAUCCAAAGCAAAUUGUGCAAAACUGAAGCAGGGGAUUGCUGUGAGGUUUCAUGGAGAAGAAGGCAUGGGACAGGGUGUGGUGCGUGAGUGGUUUGAUAUUUUAUCCAGUGAAAUAGUUAACCCAGAUUACGCCUUGUUUACCCAGUCUGCUGAUGGAACAACUUUCCAGCCCAACAGCAAUUCUUCUGUAAAUCCAGAUCAUUUGAACUACUUCCGUUUCGCAGGCCAAAUCCUGGGGCUGGCUCUGAAUCACAGGCAGUUGGUGAACAUCUACUUCACGAGGUCAUUCUACAAACAUAUUCUUG